UUAAAAUUUUAGGGUUUUGUGAGUGUGUGGUCUCGGGCAGGCUCAGAGCUCCGCUGCCCGUCGGUUCGGUUUGUUUUUUCCACGUUCAGUUUGAGUCCCUCCCUCCUCCAGCUUCCUUCCCAUCAUUCCAAAUUCAUUUAUUUAUAUAUUAAAAUCGUCUCAUCAAUCUCUCCAAUCCAAUUGCUGAUUCUCUUCUCUCCCCCCCUUUUCUUCUCAUUUUUUCUAAGCUUAGGCAGAGUACGGGAAAAAAUUAGCAGGAAGGGAGUUUUGGUGAGAUAGAGAGAGCAAAACCCUAAGUUGGCUCUUCCCUGGGGUUUUUUAUUUUUAAAUCUCUCUGCUUUGUCGGAGUCUAAUUUGAGGUAUCAAUCGUCACUUGAAGAUUGCCUUUGUCUUUCCAUUUUCGUUUCAGUUUCAGUUGUAGUGUAUUUAAAAUGGCCAUGGAGAUCACUCAGUUUCUGCUGGCUGCCCAAUCAGCAGAUGCAAAAGUCCGGACAGAGGCAGAGGCUAAUCUGAGGCAGUUCCAAGAGCAGAACCUGCCUGUUUUCCUUCUUUCAUUGUCAGUUGAGCUUGCAAAUAAUGAUAAGGCUGUUGAGUCUCGUAGAUUGGCUGGUAUUGUGCUUAAGAAUUCAUUAGAUGCUAAAGAUGCUGUUAGGAAGGACCAACUUGUUCAACAAUGGAUGGCAAUUGACAUUUCUGUUAAGUCUCAAAUCAAAGACUUGCUCUUGAGGACCCUUGGCUCAUCUGUUCAUGAAGUGAGGCACACUUCUGCUCAAGUUAUUGCGAAAAUUGCUUCAAUUGAGAUUCCUCAAAAGCAGUGGCCGGAACUGAUUGGAUUAUUGCUUAACAAUAUGACACAGCAAGAUAGGCCUGCAGCCUUGAAACAGGCUACCUUGGAAACUCUUGGAUAUGUUUGUGAGGAAAUAUCUCAUCAGGACCUUAUUCAAGAUGAAGUUAAUGCUGUUCUCACGGCUGUUGUUCAGGGGAUGAACCUAACUGAACACGGUCCUGAAGUUCAGCUUGCAGCCACCGGGGCUUUGUAUAAUGCUUUAGAGUUUGCACGGACCAACUUUGAGAAUGAGAUGGAGCAAAAUUAUAUCAUGAAGGUUGUAUGUGACACAGCCAUGUCCAAACAGGUGGAAAUCAGGCGGGCAGCUUUUGAGUGUCUUGUUGCGAUAGCAUCAGCAUACUAUGAGGUGCUUGAGCCUUUCAUGCAAACCCUAUUUGAGCUUACAUCAAAUGCUGUAAAAGGAGAUGAAGAGACUGUUGCUCUCCAAGCAAUUGAGUUUUGGAGCUCUAUUUGUGAUGAGGAGAUAGAACUCCAGGAGUUUGAGAGUCCUGAAAGUGGGGACACUGGAGCUCCCCAUUCUUGUUUCAUAGAGAAGGUUCUACCAUCUCUUGUUCCUUUGUUGUUGGAAACUUUGUUGAAGCAGGAAGAGGAUCAGGAUCAGGAUAAUACAAUCUGGAACAUUUCCAUGGCUGGAGGGACAUGUCUAGGUCUUGUUGCCAGAACUGUUGGGGAUGCUAUAGUGCCUCUUGUAAUGCCUUUUGUGGAAUCUAACAUUUUGAAGCCAGAUUGGCAUUGUAGAGAGGCAGCCACUUAUGCAUUUGGCUCUAUUCUUGAGGGUCCAACAAUUGAGAAGCUCUCCCCACUGGUACAGGCAGGUCUAGAUUUUCUGCUUAAUGCUAUGAAGGAUGGAAACAACCAUGUGAAGGACACUACUGCUUGGACUCUCAGUCGUAUUUUUGAGCUACUGCACAGUCCAGCUAGCGGUUUUUCUAUCAUUUCUCCUGAGAAUCUUAAACAAGUUGUGAGUGUGUUGCUGGAGAGCAUUAAGGAUGCUCCCAAUGUAGCUGAGAAAGUUUGUGGGGCGAUCUAUUACCUUGUCCAGGGCUAUGAGGAUGCAGGACCAAGCUCCUCUCUUCUUUCACCAUUUCUCACGGACAUAAUUGGUUGUCUAAUUGCAACGGCUGAUCGUACGGAUGGUUGUGACUCCAAGCUCAGGUCUUCUGCAUAUGAAACCUUGAAUGAAGUUGUGAGAUGUUCCAACAUUGCAGAGUCAUCUGCCAUAAUAGCACAGCUAUUACCAGUCAUUAUGAAUAAGUUAGGCCAGACUGUGGAAAUUCAGAUUGUAUCAUCAGAUAAUAGGGAAAAGCAAGGGGACUUGCAAGCCUCUCUUUGUGGUGCUUUGCAGGUUAUCAUCCAGAAACUUAGCAGUACAGAUGAAACAAAACCCAUUAUACUUCGGGCUGCAGAUCAGAUCAUGAUUCUAUUCCUUAAGGUGUUUGGUUGCCGCAGCUCUACUGUGCAUGAGGAAGCAAUGCUUGCAAUCGGUUCCCUUGCUUAUGCCACUGGACCUCAGUUUGAGAAAUAUAUGCCUGAGUUCUAUAAGUAUCUUGAGAUGGGACUGCAGAAUUUUGAGGAAUACCAGGUUUGUGCCAUCACAGUUGGGGUUGUUGGUGAUAUUUGCCGUGCCUUGGAUGGCAAGAUCUUGCCCUACUGUGAUGGCAUCAUGGGCCUUCUUCUAAAGGACCUUGCUAGCUCAGAACUCCACCGGUCUGUAAAGCCUCCCAUAUUCUCUUGCUUUGGGGAUAUUGGUCUUGCAAUAGGAGAGCACUUUGAGAAGUAUGUACCCUAUGCUCUACCCAUGAUGCAGGGAGCAGCCGAAAUCUGUGCCCAGAUGGAAACUGCUGAUGAGGAGAUGAUGGAUUAUGGCAACCAGCUUAGGCGUAGUAUUUUUGAAGCUUAUUCUGGUAUCCUUCAAGGUUUUAAGAGUGUGAAGCCUGAUGUGAUGGUGCCCUAUGCUCAACAUCUCUUGAAGUUUAUAGAGUUAGUUUCCAGAGACAGACAAAGGGAUGAAAGUGUGACAAGAGCUGCAGUUGCUGUUAUGGGUGAUCUUGCAGAUGCUCUUGGCUCCAAUAUAAAGCUUCUGUUUAAAGACACUGCAUUCUAUGAUGAUUUUCUUGGCGAAUGUCUCCAGUCUGACGAUGAGCAGCUCAAGGAGACUGCAUGUUGGACGCAGGGUAUGAUUGGACGUGUCAUGGUUUUAUGAGGUCCUUUGAGUAAAGUUGUUGUCUUGGUCUGUGUCCUUUUUUCUUACUAUAAAUCUGCUUUCCUUCUAGUUCUGGUAAAAGUUAAGUUGUUAGGGAACCGAAGGAGGGGGUUACUAACUACACGUAUCUGUGCAUUUAUUAUUUUGCGGAUUAGGGUUUCCAAAUUUCAGGAUUUUCUUAAUCCGCAUAUCAUUGGGUAUAGAACAAAGUUAAGGGCUGGCAUUGUUUGAGGCCUUCUGAAUGAAGGUGUUCAAAAAAACUUGUGAACAGUUUUUAUCUUAUGCAUAUCCACUAAUGUGUGGCUUGUUGAGUCAAAUUUCUCCCUCUGCAUUUUUUUGCGAGUUUAAUUUCUCGUUAAACUUGCUCGAUUUUCAUGUGAUUCUGUGGUGGGCUACCUGCAGCUUGGUUUGCCAAAGGUGAAUGCUUAUGGAACAUGAUUAAUAUAUAUUUUAAUUUGUUAUCGUAGCUGAAGUUUUACAUGAUUAUAUCCAAAAUAUUGAAUCAAAUUAAAUUCUUUUGUUAUAAAAAUUAUCCUUUGGGAAAGAGGAACAUAAAUUAACAUGUUUGAUCAGAAGUUUGCUCCUGCAAUAUCAAAAUUCAAAAGUGAAGGCUGGCUGAGAGGAAGAAAAAUAAGAAGAAUAUAUGCCCUUGGGAUGUGAGAGUCUUGUUUGAUUGAUUCUUGGACUGAUCGGAUGGCGUUUUCAUUCGAUUAUCAGGCAACCUUGCAGGAAUGAGUAUCUCCUACUCCUAUUUAACAAUACAUUUUAUUAUUAUAUACACUAUCA